UGGGAAAGCAGCCUGGGAGGUUUGCAUGGUGUGUGCAAUGCAACCUCAGCCUCUUUUCCCCUGCAGAGGAGCAGGAAUCUGGAUGAGGCACCUGGAGGACUGAAGAAUCCCUCCUGCCAUUUGAGACAGGAAGGAGAGUUUUCGAGUCCAAGUGGAAGCAGAGAUGGAGAAGAGAGAAAAAAUGAAGGAGCAAAACUUUGCUGGCCUGGAGGCAGGAAAAGGGCCCCUUAUCAUCCCGGAAGGGAGCAGUGCAGAGCUCUGGGAAAGAAGAGUCCAGGGGAACCUCUCUGGGAGCAACACCAGCUCAGAUGUGGAGCUACAGCACUUCAGAGACUUCUGCUACCAGGAGCCCAAGGGCCCCCGAGAGCUUUGCAGCCGACUCCACCACCUUAGCCGUCAGUGGCUGAAGCCAGAAAAGCACACGAAUGCUCAGAUGCUGGACUUGGUGGUCCUGGAGGAGUUCCUGGCUGUCCUGCCCCUGGAGAUGGAGAGCUGGGUCAGAGAGUAUGGAGCGGAGACCAGUUCCCAGGCGGUGGCCCUGGCAGAAGGCUUCCUCCUGAGCCAGGCAGAGGACAGUGAGCAGGUGGAGGGGAUUUUGGCCAGAGCACCCACAGAUUUCCCUGAGGCUGAGAAGGCUCCACCGGGCACCACACAGAGGCUGCUGGACGGGUGGAUUUUGCAGGAGGGUGACGGAGGACUCUCCUCACUGGGGAGUAGAAAAACUUGCAGAGGGCGUGAACGGAUCCUGGGGGAUCCUUCUAGGCCUCCUUUGCUUCGUGGUGGAGCGGAAGCGGUUUCUGCGCAGCCCUGGCAGGGUCCGGUGAGGUUUGAGGAGGUGGCCGUGCAUUUCUCGGAGGAGGAGUGGGCUCUGCUGGAUCCAGGCCAAAGGGCUCUGCACCAGGAAGUCAUGGAGGACAAUCGUGGGAUCCUGGCCUCUCUGGGCAAUCGCAGGAAGAGCAAGAAAAAUGGCCCAGCCCACAGAAGGAAAACUGCAGCUGAAGAGAAGAGGGGAAACAAAUCCAUUUCUUUUGAAGGGUCAGACAUCCAUGAAACUCCAGUACUAGAAGAACCAAGAAGGAGGAAGAGGCAAAAGAAAACCUCUCCUUAUAUAAAGAUUCAGAACAUUCACAUCAGCAAAUGUCAACAAUUUCACACAGAAGAAAAAAGAUUUCAGUGCUUGGAGCGUGAGAAGCAAUUCCAUGACAACUCACAACUUCACUUGCAUAAAAGAAUUCACUCAGGAGAGAAGCCCUGUCAGUGCCUAGAGUGCAGAAAGAGCUUUGCUCACAGCACAGACCUUAGGAAACAUCAAAGAAUUCAUACAGGAGAGAAGCCCUUUAAAUGCCCUGAGUGUGGAAAGAGCUUCACUGUGAGCAGCCACCUUAGGCGACAUCAAAGCACUCACACAGGUGAGAAGCCCUAUGAAUACCGAGAGUGUGGAAAGAGCUUUGCUCACAGCGCAGACCUAAAGCAAUAUCAAAGAAGUCACACUGGCGAGAAGCCCUAUAAAUGCCUAAAGUGUGGAAAGAGCUUUGCUCACAAGACAAGGCUUAAAGAACAUCGAAGAAUUCACACUGGCGAGAAGCCCUAUAAAUGCCUUGAAUGCAGAAAGGGCUUUGCUACCUGCACACAUCUUAAGCAACAUCAAAGAAUUCACACAGGGGAGAAGCCCUAUAAAUGCCUUGAAUGCGGAAAGAGCUUUGCUCGCAGCACACAACUUAAGCAACAUCAAAGAAUUCACACAGGCGAGAAGCCCUAUAAAUGCCUAGAAUGCGGAAAGGGCUUUGUUACCAGCACACAUCUUAAGAGACAUCAAAGAAUUCACACAGGUGAGAAGCUCCAUAAAUGCCUAGAAUGCGGAAAGGGCUUUGUUACCAGCACACAUCUUAAGAGACAUCAAAGAAUCCACACAGGUGAGAAGCUCCAUAAAUGCCUAGAAUGCAGAAAGGGCUUUGCUACCUGCACACAACUUAAGCGACAUCAAAUAAUUCACACAGGCGAGAAGCACUAUAAAUGCCUAGAAUGCGGAAAGGGCUUUGCUACCUGCACACAUCUUAAGCAACAUCAAAGAAUUCACACUGGCGAGAAGCCCUAUAAAUGCCUAGAGUGUGCGAAUAGCUUUGCUCAAAGUGCAGACCUAAAGCAACAUCAAAUAAUUCACACAGGCGAGAAGCCCUAUGAAUGCCUAGAGUGUGGAAAAAGUUUUGCUUACAGGUCAAGCCUUAGAAAACAUCAAAGAAUUCACACAGGCGAGAAGCCCUAUGAAUGCCUAGAGUGCAGAAAGAGCUUUGCUCACAGGACAAGCUUUAGAGAACAUCAAAGAAUCCACACAGGCGAGAAGCCCUAUGAAUGCCUAGAGUGCGGAAAGAGCUUUGCUCACAGGACAAGCCUUAAGCAACAUCAAAGAAUUCACACAAAGGAGAAGCCAUAAAAAUGUUCCGAGUUUGGAAAGCAAUUCAACCACGGAAUGCAGCGUCCCCCUCGUGAAACGAUCCUUUCAAGUGAGAAGCGCUAUGAAUGCUUUGUAUGUGGAAAGCGCUUUUGUCAGAGCAUAAAAUGUAACUUGCAUCAAAGAAUUCUCUCAGGAGUAAAGCUUUUUCAGUGCUCUGAAUGUGGAGUCCUGGAUGUACUCUUGAUUUUGUUUGUGCUCCAAGUUGUGAGAUGGGCAGUCUGA